AUGAAUUAAUAGAAAUAGUACACGUGCUAAGAUAUUUCUCAUGAAAAUGAUGACAUCUAAGGACAUUGUUUAAAUUUUGGAUGCAAAGAUUCAAAAUCUUAGUUUUGUCUUUAAUGCGCUGCUGAUCCAAUGAAACACACUAAUUGUAAAAAAGACCUUAAAGGAUUUGGUUAGAUCUAAAAUCUUAUAACCAAAUCCAAAGAAAAUCUUAACAAUUUAGGAGAUUAAUUGAAUAAAUCCUUUGCUUAAGUUAAAACUAAAUUUGAAGAAUAUUAAAAAUAAAUUGAAAAGAUGAACAAAUAAUUAAUUAAGAUAUCUGAAUAUUUAUCAUAAUAAGAAUAUCAAUAAAUAAAAGAAAACUUAUAGUCAAUUAAGGAAUGGUAUCAAUAUUUGAAUAAUUAGGAUGAGAUCACAAAGUAGAAUUAAAUUGGUAUUUUUAUAUAAUUUUUAAAUUUAUAAGAACUUAAUUAAUCAAUGUUAAAAGAAUGAUAAAAGCAUUUCAUUCAGAUUACUAAUAAUAAUAAUCAUCCAAAGAUUUAGAUUUAAAAUAAGAUUUUGACAUUCAACUUCAUUCAGGUAUUUGAUCCAAUAAAUAAUAAAUAGGAAUAGAAUUACUAAAUAAAUAGAAAUGGCAAUAAGCCUAUGAGCUUUUAUCUCAAAGUCUAAAGUAGUUGGAGAAGCAAUAAUCGUUUGCUACUUUCUUUUAAUGUACCUUAUUAAAUUGUUUAUAAAGUUAAAAAUCAAAUAAAAACACUAAAAUUGUGAAUGUUUAUUUGCUUGUACAUACACUAUUUUUGUUCUAGUCUUGUUCUGAAGGUUGGCAAUAAUGCAAUUUUUUGCGUUAGUUUUGUUCUGCAAGUGUCUCAAUGCGAAGCUGA